CAAUAGAGAAUACAAUGUAGCCACUCAGUGUCAGCCAAAUCCAUGAUAUUAACACAAUCUAAAGAGCAAGGGGAGUUUCCAAAGUCAUCAAACCCGUCCAACUUUCUCAUUUACAGCUAUAGACCACUGAAAAUGGAUCCUAUUAGGGCUGCUGUUCCUUUGCUAUGGCUUUCCCUGUGCUUUGGGAAUAUUCUGGAGGCAGCGGUACUUGGAUCAUUGCAGUACCCCUCCGGUGCGGAUGAUAACGGGCUUGUUUCACAUCUGGAUGAGCGGAGUCGCAGAGAGCCGACAGCGGUGUCCAGGAAAGACCCUCCGAUAAAUGAUACUAUCGUCCCCCAUGAGUAUAUGGUAUCUCUAUACAGGACACUAUCUGAGAUAGAGAGCAGAGGGCUUAACAGCAGUGUUCCUCGCACCGCAAGACACGCCAACACGGUGACCAGUUUCGUGGAUCAAGGAAAAGAUCACUCCUCCUGGGGAAGUGGCCAGCGCUAUCUCUUCGACCUCUCCAGUCUGUCCAGGACUGAUGAGCUUGUGGAGGCAGAACUGAGGAUCCUGAGAAAGCCACUGUUGGAUCUCCUUCCUGUGCUGACAUGGGGCAGGAAUCUUUACCGCCUCCUCCUCUACACUUGUUCGUCUGAGGGGAACUCUGGGAGACGGCUGCUGGAUUCCAGGACAGUCGACGUUCUGGAUGGCGAGCCUCCCAAAUGGGAUGUAUUUGACGUGUGGGCAAGCGUGAAGGCUCGACGAAGGAGCCACAGGACAGCAGCGAGCAACGACCUCCUUGUGGCCUGCUUUGAUCUGCUGGUCGUUUCGGAGUUGACCAAAGAGGCAGCCAACCCUCUUACAGUAGGGCUGGGACGCCAGUCUCGGCAGCCCCAGGAGAGGGCCUUGCUGGUGGCUUUUUCUCGCACCCGCAGGAAAGAGAACCUGUUCAAGGAGAUCAGGGAGCAGAUAAAGGCAGUGCGAGGAGACAUGGGUUUUCUGGAUCCUUUGGACCUCUCUGGUGACGUGGUUGGUCACCUAUCCAGGCGUCGCAGACGCCGGACUGCCCUGACCAGCAGAUCUAUAGGUGGAGCUGGUGGGGGAGGAGGAGGCGUCGGUGCUGGAGGAGGUGGAGGUGGAAGGAGUGGUGGAGGCAGCGGGCGCAGGAAGACUCGAUGCAGCCGCAGGCAGCUCCAUGUCAACUUCAAGGAGUUGGGCUGGGACGACUGGAUCAUCGCACCGCUGGAUUAUGAGGCGCACCACUGUGAGGGCGUGUGUGACUUUCCGCUGCGCUCACACCUGGAGCCAACAAAUCACGCCAUCAUUCAGACACUUAUGAACUCUAUGGACCCUGACUCCAGCCCUCCCAGCUGCUGUGUCCCCUCCAAACUCAGCCCCAUCAGCAUCCUCUACAUUGACUCUGGCAACAAUGUGGUCUACAAGCAGUAUGAGGACAUGGUGGUGGAGAGCUGUGGCUGCAGGUAGCAUUGCGACAGAGGGGGAUGUCUGAUUGUCUUGUCGGAAAAUCAAUUGGUGGUUUGAUGCGCUUGUUAACGCAGGCCUCCCCUAUCUCUCCCCCCUAAACCAACUGUAUUUUGUGAUUUGCUGAAAAAAGUCCCGACAAGUAUGCUCAUUACUGAUCUGCCUUAACUUGAGUGGAACAUAAUCUAAUUUGCUGCUUAAUUUAUUAGAAUUUGUCAUUGAGCUGCUAUUUAAUUUCAUGAGCUCUUUAGCAUUUCUUUACUCAUAACAUGCUCCGGCUCUCUCUCUCUGUCCUCUUGGCUCUGCAUGUUGUUCGAUGCUGUCAACUUUAGUAAAUAUCCCAUUCUUAAACAACUGCUAUGCUUCUGACUUUGGUUCUAUUACAUUACUUUAGUAAUCCAUUUAUGAUAAAGUGUAUAAAACAUCAGCCCUAGCUUUAAAUUUGCUGAACAGCAGACAGAAUGAAUUGAAAUGAACAAAACCCCAGACUUCUAGCGUUAUGAUAACAGCGUUAGAGUACAUGUGUGUGCCUAUAAGAGAGGCAUGGGAGUAAAUUAUUUGAUAUCUUUAACUAUCAGAAGGCAUUGUAAGACAGUUUUAGUUCCACUGAACUGCUCCCACUGUGCUUGCUUUUAACUAAAACAACAUUUCAAAUGUAUGGGAGGACACAAUCAAAAAGGACUUUUGAAUAUUGCAGUUUGCAUCACACAAGACCCUACCGUCAUCUCUUGGACAUGUUUUAGAUAAUGCUGCUGUCAGUAUUGAAAGAUCUGGACAUUGUUAUGCAUCUCUUUAGCAAGACAGAAAACGUCUCCCAUUUAUCGAGCUGUCUGCUGUAGAAACCUCUGUCUAUGAGCCCAAGUUGGAGGAACCGUGAUCUUUAGUUAGGGAUAUGCUAUAGGACCCAUUUACACAGUUAACUUAGAAAAAUAGCUGUGUCACAAUGCAUUUGCUUAUAUCACUCUAUAUCAUUACUAUGCAAAGAUCAGAGGUAUAUGAUAUGGAACAUUUAAGGUAUGAAUGAAGGCGGUAUGAAUGAAGGGCGACAAGGUGAAUUUGAAGCAGAUUUUUAUGGCAUGACUCCGAUUUAUUAUUGCUUGCAACUGAGAAAUUUCGUUUUUUUACAGUAGGCUUUCUACUACAGCUGGUAAUGUACAUGACUUAAACAAGCAGAUCCCGUGCUAACUUUGAUUGAUAUGGCGAUUCAUUCCCCUGUCAACAGCACAGAACCUAUAGGCUAUAUAAUGUCCAUAGGAAUUCCUUGUCAGGGAAAUGGAACAUUGGAAUUCACCAUUUAACACUCCAGGUACUGAAUUAUAAGAGCACAUGAUUUUGCUAAAUACUAUUGAUCAAACAGCAACAUGUGUUGGUCUUUGGAUGUAAUUUCCAUCUAUUCCAUUUUAUUUUAGAGUUCAGUCCAGAGUGGCAUGUUUGCCUGCUGGUCUAAAUACACUAUAUAUACAAAAGUAUGUGGACACCCCUUCAAAUUAGUGGACUUGGCUAUAUCAGACACACCCAUUGCUGAAAGGUGUAUACAAUUGAGCACACAGCAAUUCAAUCUCCAUAGACAACCAUUGGCAGUAGAAUGGCUUUACUGAAGAGCUCAGUGACUUUCAACACGGCACCGUCAUAGGAUGCCACCUUUCCAAAAAGUCAGUUUGUCAAAUUUCUGCACUGCUAGAGCUGCCCCGGGUCAACUGUAAGUGCUGUUAUUGUGAGUGGAAAUGUCUAGGAGCAACAACGGCUCAGCCGCGAAGUGGUAGGCCACACAAGCUCACAAAAUGGGACCGCUGAAGCGCGUAGGGCGUAACAAUCGUCUGUCCUCGGUUGCAACACUCACUACCAAGUUCCAAACUGCCUCUGGAAGCAACGUCAGCACACUAACUGUUUGUCUGGAGCUUCAUGAAAUGGGUUUCCAUGGCAGAGCAGCCGCACACAAGCCUUAAAUCACCAUGCGCAAUGCCAAGCCUCGGCCGGAGUGGUGUAAAGUUCGCCGCCAUUGGACUAUUGGGCAGUGGAAACGUGUUCUCUGGAGUGAUGAAUCACGCUUCACCAUCUGGCAGUUCGAUGGACGAAUCUGGGUUUGGCAGAUGCCAGGAGAAGGCUACCUGCCCCAAUGCAUAGUGCCAACUAUAAAGAUUGGUGGAGGAGGAAUAAUGGUCUUGGCUCUUUUUCAUGGUUCGGGCUAGGCCCCUUAGUUCCAGUGAAGGGAAUCUUAAUGCUACAUCCAACAAUGCCAUUCUAGAUGAUUCUGUGCUUCCAACUUUGCGGAAAAGCGAGGUCCAUACAGAAAUUGUUUGUCAAGAUCGGUGUGGAAAAACAUGACUGGCCUGCACAGAGCCCUGACCUCAACCCCAUCGAUCACCUUUGGGAUGAAUUGGAACGCCGACUGCGAGCCAGGCCUAAUAGCCCAACAUCAGUGCCCGACCUCGCUAAUGCUCUUGUGGCUGAAUGGAAGCAAGUCCAUGCAGCAAUGUUCCAACAUCUAGUGGAAAGCCUUCCCAGAAGAGUGAAGGCUGUUAUAGCAGCAAAGGGGGUACCAACUCCAAUUUAAUGGCCAAGAUUUUAGAAUGAGAUGUUCCAUGAGCAGAUGUCUACAUACAUUUGGUCAUGUAGUGUAUGUUUGUGCUUUAGCCAACUCUUCUCUGCCGUGUUUGUUCAUUGUCAUUCCAAACAUACAGGUAUCACAGCAAGAAAUAAGUUAUUACCUGCUUUUCAAAGGUGGUAAUUAAGUGUAAAUUCCCCACUGUAUAUUAUUUCACAAAUCCCAGUGGAAUCACAUUAAUACAAGGUAACUAAAUAUGCACAGUCAACACAUAGGAAACAAAACCACUUGCAAAGUGUAAACUAGGCACAGAUCAUAUGUGGUGUCCCUAGGAGAGAACUCCCUUGCAGAUAUUUCAUAGUAUUGGUGAAAGAGAUCAGCCUUUUGCAUCACACUCUCUCUGUAAUAUAUUUAACACUGUUUGUGGUAACGUCAUAUCACUGAGUCUCAGUUUAAAUGUAAUUAUAUUUCCUGUAAUUCCAAGUCAAAUUCAAACAAAGAUUCUAGAAUAGAAUUUGAAAUGACCAACCCAUUCUGUCUGCAUUGACCCCCGUGUGGUGUAUCAAGAUUUAUGUACAUUUAGUUGUAUUUCUUCAAAUAGAUAUAUUCCCAUGUUUUGGCACAAAAGGCAAAUAGUCGAUAAUUUAUGACUACAGACUAGUGCAUUUCUAAGUACAGGAGUAUUUGUACUGAUAUACAAUAUGUGAGUCAAAUGUAAUGUACUAAUUAUCAUAUUUGAGUGUUUGCUUCUUUUGUUUGGAAUUCUGUUUGUUAAAAUAUUUCAUUUAAUUUCUAACCAAAAUCCAAAGCAGCUUUCAUGCAUUUUGUUCCACAUGUUUUAGUCCAAACCAGAGAUUGUUUACUUUUUACGGUUUUCUUUUACGAUUAUGUUAAACCGAUUUGGUUCUUUAUGAAUUAAAACAAAAUCCUGCAAAACGGACUAUAGUGGCAUUUUGAACUAAGGACUACGCUCAAAAACAACAAGAAAUUCUCUGCUUGUGUUAUAUUUUCAAACAGCAGAGGAGAUUUAGUGGCACAUCAUUUCCAGGAGGCCGAUACAUGGCUAUAAUGCAACUCUCCAAACAUCAUUGAAUUCACCUAACAUUCAUUGAUCAAUAGCAAUGUUUGAAUCAAUUUUCCAGAGUUUUUAUUUAAAUGUAAACAUGAAACUGCCCAAACAUUAAGAAAAAGGGGGUGUAAUGAUACAACUUCCUGUAAAUUCCUGUUGCACAUAUUUUCGAUGGAAACAUGAUUACUAUCAAAGUUACCCUCCUUUUUGAAUAUCUUUUCAACUGCAGUGACAUUCUGCUCAGUGGAAAAUAGUUACCAUAAGAGCUUCUUGAUUAGCGUGUAUACCCUUUAUCUAAAUUACAUCAAUACGGCAAAGGAUAAUAAAACAAAAGUGGCAGGCAGAAAAUAAACCCCAAAAGCUAAUUUAGUCCAGAGAGUAGCUCCUCUGGUAUGCUAUGCCUUGAUAUUAGAUACAUUUGUAUUUUUUCCACUUUGUUUGUGUGCGUGUCCUAUUACAGCUACUUUGUAUGACUGUUUUUUUUCUGCUUCUUUGUGAUCCAUAAUGCCAAACACAUUUUCAUGAAAAUGGCAGGACAAGGAAGCGAUUGAGCUGUUCCAUACUUCAUUGCAUGUUUACUUCAGCAAGCUUGUCUUAGCAUGUCCAUUGUCUUGAAAUAGUAUUCCCCCUGCACAGUUGUUACAUUUUGUUGCACAUUUUGCGACUGAAAAUCUGUGGCAAGACAGAGUUUGCUGUAAAUCAACGAUCCCCAUCCAACUUGACAAAGCUUGAGCAAUUUUGCCAAGAACAAUGGACACAUGUUAGGAUUGGGUGUUGAGUGUUGUAAAGAUCAUUGGGGGAAAAUGCCUCAAAAUCCUAGACUCUAACGCAACAAAAGGUGAAAGCUGUGCAAUGGUUAAGAUGGAUGUUGUUUCAAGACUCAUGGAUGCUUCACGAGUACAAAGUGUUGUUGUGAACAUCUGACCGACUCCCGGGUCGGGAUCUGCAUGCUUGAUUCUAAUUUAACAAUAUCAUCAGUUGCGGUUUGACCUGGGCAAUGUUAAAGUUAGUAGCUGUUAACACUGACAAAAUAUAUUUUGAGUUUUGUUUGUGUAAGAGCAUUGGUUUGUUAUUGAAUUGGGAUUCUGAUAUGAAAUUCACAGAUCUUAACAACAUCUAUGCAAUGUGUAUUUCGCCAUAAGUCUGCUUUAACCUAAUCAAAUAUGAUGUCUUCCCCAUGCUUUUCAAGGGAAAUUCAGAUAAAGGUAACUUUUUCCUUUUCAUUCUCCUCCUUUCCACAUUUAUUGAUUGGAUUUAUUGAAUAUUAGAGAGCAUUUGAUUUCUGGCAAGAAACACAAAUUGUAUGAAAGUCCCCCACAUAUUUUUAAAGACAUGUAAGCUUCUGUAUAAAGAUCAUUGUACAAGUGAAAGCUUGGUGAAGUUCAUAUUUUGUUGAGAAGGGAAAUGUUUGAGAUUUAACCGUUAGACGGCCAUUAGUUUUUUAUGUGUUCAUGUAAAAUGCACUGUGUGUAUGUAUGUAUGUAUUCUAUGGGUUAUAAAGGUCUGUACAUAAUGUAAAUGAACUGUAAACAGCUCUUUUCUCUUUUGGAAAUAUUUUAUAGUAGUAUAUAUUUGAAAAAGUAUAUGUAAGCACACUUUUUAUCCUCAUUUUAUGUUCACCAGUUUUUUUUGUAAAGAUUAUUUUAUUAAAUAUUGUAUUCAUAAUAAUAUGAAUAAUCUUCCUUUGAGUCUUCCUGUAAGUGACUUUGAGAGCCUACAGGUAAGAGCAAAAACUGUGACAACCACGGUCUUCCCUGUAUAGCACUAGCUAGAUUUGAAACACAGACUUUUUGACCUUGGGACAAAAAUAACCCACACAGUGCCUUCAGAAAGUAUUCACACCCUUAGACUUUUAAAAAGUUUUGUCGUCUUACAAAGUGGAAUUAAAAUGGAUUAGUCCUUUUUUGUCAAUGAUCUACACAAAAUACUGUCAAAGUGGAAGAAAAAAUAUAUUAUUUGUAAAAAAAUGCAUGUAAAAUAAAACAUAAUAUAUCUUGAUUAGAUAAGUAUUCAACCCUCUGAGUCAAUACAUGUUAGAAUCACCUUUGGCAGUGAUUACAGCUGUGAGUCUUUCUGGGUAAGUCUCUAAGAGUUUUGCACACCUGGAUUGUACAAUAUUUGCACAUUAUUCUUUUUAAAAUUCUUCAAGCUCAGUUAAGUUGGUUGUUGAUCAUUGCUAAAGAGCCAUUUUCAAGUCUUGCCAUAAAUUUUCAAGCCGAUUUAAGUCAAAACUGUAAGUAGGACACCCAGAAACAUUCAACUCCAGUGUAUAUUUGGCCUUGUGUUUUAGGUAAUUGUCCUACUGAAAGGUGAAUUUGUCUCCCAGUGUCUGUUGGAAAGCAGACUGAACCAGGUUUUCUUCUAGGAUUUUACCUGUGCUAUUACGUUUAUUUUUUAUUCUAAAAAACUCCCUAGUGCUUACCGAUGACAAGCAUACACAUAGUAUGAUACAGCCACCACCAUGCUUAAAAAUAUGAAGAGAGGUACGCAGUGUUGUGUUGUGUUGUAUUUGCCCCAAACAUAACACUUUGAAUUCAGGACAUGAAGUUAAUUUCUUUGCCACAUUUUUUGCAGUUUUACUUUAGUGCUUUAUUGCAAAUAGGAUGCAUGUUUUAGAAUAUUUGUAUUCUGUACAGUGUUCCUUCUUUUCACUCUGUCAUUUAAGUUAGUAUUGUGGAGUAACUACAAUGUUGUUGAUCCAUCCUCAGCUCUCUCUUAUCACAGCCAUUAAACUUUGUAACUGUUUUAAAGUCAACAUUGGCCUCAUAAUGAAAUCCCUGAGCGGUUUCCUUCUUCUCCGGCAAUUGAGUUAGGAAGGACGCCUGUAUCUUUGUAGUGACUGUGUGUAUUGAUACACCAUCCAAAGUGUAAUUAAUAACUUCACCAUGCUCAAAGGGAUAUUCAAUGUCUGCUUUUUUAAUAGGUGCCCUUCGUUGCGAGGCAUUGGAAAACCUACCUGAUCUUUGUGGUUGAAUCUAUGUUUGAAAUACACUGCUCGACUGAGGGACCAAACAGAUAAUUGUAUGAGGUAGUCAUUAAAAAAUCAUGUUAAACACUAUUAUUGCACAAAGUGUUCAUGCAACUUAUUAUGUGACAUGUUAAGCACAUUUUUACUCAUUAACUUAAUUAGGUGCGCCCUAACAAAGGGGGUUGAAUACUUAUGGACUCAAGACAAUUCAGCUUUUCAUUUGAAUAAAUUUGUAAACAUAUCAAAAAACAUAAUUCCACUUUGACAUUGUAGGCACAACAUCAUGUGGAAAAUGUUGAGGGGUGUGAAUACUUUCUUCAGGCACUGUAGUUGUUGUUGUGGGAUUUGGAAAUGAAAUGAUGUAAUUUUGUUAUAAACAUUUGAGGAAGGCUGAAAAGAAGCUACUGUAUCAAUGUCAAAACAAAACAUAACAAAGGGAAACAAUAAAGGGACUUUGUAAAAUUA